AAAAAGUAUUCUUUACUGAUGCAAAGAUCCAAAUGUACAUCUCUUUUUCUUGUUUUUACACAAUCACAGGCCUAGCUAGGAGGAAGAAGAUGGCUUUUGAACUACUGCCUGAAGAUUGCUUUGUACAGAUUCUAUCCACCACUACCCCCCGCGACGCUUGUCGAGCCUCGGUCGUCUCUUCCACCUUCCAAUCCCUGGCCGAUGCGGAUGCAGUGUGGGACAAAUUUCUACCUUCUGAUUGGCAACAGAUUCUGUACAGAUUAGUGAAUCCAGUGGAAUACUCUUCCAAGAAGGACUUGUUUCUCAGGUUAUGUAAUCCACAGUUAAUCGACGGGGGUAGAAAGAUUUUCUCAUUAGAGAAAUCAACAGGUAGAAAGUGUUAUGUGUUGAGUGCAAGGGAGCUUUCAAUUACAUGGGCACACAAUCCCCGCUACUGGACAUGGAAGCAAUUCCCCGAGUCGAGAUUUCCAGAAGUUGCUGAACUUAGGACAGUAUGGUGGCUAGAAAUCAAUGGAAGCAUCAACACUUCAUUGCUGUCUCCGAAAACAGUUUACGGAGCCUAUCUCAUCCUUAAACUCGCUCCCCGCGCCUAUGGUUUAGACUCUUUGCCAUCAGAAGUGACAGUUGAAGCCGGUGCCUUCAAAUCCCAAGGUUCAGUAUACUUGCGACGCGAAGAUAGCAGUAAACAAUACAUAGAGCAGGUUUAUUGUUUGAACCGAGUUGAAGCACUGAGAUCAAGGGUUUCGGAGGGCGAGAAACGAGGUCUGUGGAUGUGCCAAGACGGAUGGAUUGAGGUUGAGUUGGGAAGCUUUUAUAAUGAUGGACGCAUUGGUGCAGUGAAAAUGAGCCUGAAAGAGGUUAAGGGUAAUCACCUGAAAGGUGGUCUUAUUGUUGGUGGAAUUGAAAUCAGGCCUAAAUACUGAUGAUAACUAGAUUAUUGUUUUCUUCUCUUC